CUUGACCUCGAUCUGUGUUGCCAUUCUCGACUCAUUGAUUCAUUCAAAAUGCGCAGACGUGCGACAUUCAUCACUCACCCAAGUCGAGCAGUGAACCCGGCAGACAUUCAAGUCUCCGAGAAUCAACUCCUACUCGGUGGCCUGAAAGCAGCUCGAGAAGAACGACUCACACUUGGUCUCAACGAACUCCCGGAGGAAGUAGUAGAGGUUCUCCGAGAAGCUCACGAGCUUCAUAUACGAUGGACCGGAGAACAUAUCUACCAUACCACACCGCCAUUCUUAUCCAGGACAUCUCCCGGUAUACACGUCCAGUAUACUCCCUUGAAAGAAGAUCAACCCGACCACCUAUGCAGCCUCCUUCACAAGGUCUUUGGUGACGAGCUACGUUGCGCCUCAGCCAAAGAGACCUUUAUCAGCCCGCCCUUGAUUUCCGAACGUUUCGCCCAGACGGCUUCAUCACAAUACUACAGUCUCCUCCCAAAUGUCAGACACCUGGCAAACUACCUCCAACGGACCAUCUGCACACCCUCAGAUGUCUCAUGUAUCCAUACAGCUUCUCUCCUAAACUUGGCGGACGCCGUCGACUUUGACUAUGACAGCAUCUCCCACGCUCUCAUAUUGACCGUGCUCUGGUCGAAACAACCAGAAGUCAUCUUCGAUCCCAUAGGGGAGUUCACGACCUUUGACGCCUGGAAUCUUGACAUCCAGUCCUCUCCAAACGACAAAGUCGAGGUUGGCAUACUCAGUCCAUCUCCCGCAACCGAACCUUCAGAUCUCCAGCUCUCUGGUUUUCUCACCGUGGUCGGAACCGAUGACCAUCCCAAAGCCACGCUCUUCAGUUUUCCAUCACGCCAUCACUCCUUAGACUUGGCACAGCGACGCGACCAGCAAUACACGGUGUCGUUCGACCAGCCGACUGGUCUCCAUCCGAUCCUGAAGAUAUCUUUCCCUUACGCCCGUGCUCUCGUCGAACCGCAGUCGAAACCACCAGGGAGCGUCUGCGCGCUCCAGACAUAUCUGACCCUCCCUUCGCACCUCUUCGCCGACAAAUAUGCUUUUCUGAGCAACGACCCUCUGUUUCAAAAGUCCCACAACCUAGGACAGUUACAUUCCAUCGCGGGAGAGACGGACCUCGAAGCCCCCGAUUACGUCGUCGACAAAUGGGGCUCGAACAUGUUGCUCGACAUCCUUACGCCAGAUGUGGACGAGGCGGAGGAGGGCGGAGGAGCAAGAAACUCUUCGCCUGGCCAGUGGAACGUCACGAUUCCUCUCCAUCUACGGUACCUUGAGCCUACCCCGGGAGGACAGUCUCAAGUCGAAAUUCCGUGGCCGAUUGUCUUUUGGGCAUGCACCGCCGAAGACGGCACAAAGUUCCCCGUCAACCCUUUUGACAGGAUCCAUCUCGGGUACGAUGGAUUGUUUGGGCCAAGGACGAUGUUCUAUCACCUUGAUCCUGCCGCCCCUGAAGUCGGACCAGACGGCGGGAGACUCAUCGAACGCAUCUCCGUGCCCGUCUUGGACACGGAGACUGCAACUUCAAAAAUUAUCGAGUCGGUGACGUUGGCCACUAUAGCAUUGGGGUUUGUGUGGGUUUUGCUCAAGCUGAGGAUUCCACAGUUGUUGUCCUCGAGGUCUCAAUCGGAAAAACCGGCAAUCAAGAAGAGGCAGUAAACCUAAAGCUCCCAGGUUGUAAAGAUAGGUAGAUUAUUAUUUUUGGGUACCCAGUAAAUAUAUUGUAC